GCGAACCCCACAACAUGACCCGACUCUUUGCCAGGUCUGGAUAGAACUUUGGCGUAGCCACAGGGAGAAAGAGCUGGAAAUGAAAUGAUAGUGUUACAGUGCGGUCCUGUUUAUCCUACACCAUCUAAAUUGAGCGUACAACUUAGCCAACCGCUAACUUCAUUUCUAUCUCUAAGUGCUCUUCUCUGUUCCUCCAAGUCCAAAUCUAAGCUAAGCUCCAAAGCUUCUUUUAAGUGUUCUUGCACCCCAAAUGAAGACACCCAUGAGGCGUCUUAUCAGGGCUUCUCGGUGCUGCCACGAGAUAUUCCUUGGGAUACUGGGAGUGUAUGGACCACAAUGGCAUUUUACAUGUUCAAUCUGCACAUUCCUUUGAGUUUCGGAGGGUUGUCUGUGGUUGCUUGGAUACUGCAUGAACCUCAUCUUGAUCCACAGACGGAAGUAUUAUCACUGCUUGUAGUUCAAACUUUAGAGUUCAUUGCAACUCUGUCUCUACUACGGUGGACUGCUAAGCCGAAAUAUGAGUUUGUAAACUUCUUUAAAGCCAACAACUUAUCGAAAGAGCGGAACUGGUUAUUGGCAUCAAUACUAGGAUUUGGGUUUCUGUUUCUGUUGGUGUUUCUUACAUCAAUCCUUGCUGACAGAUUGAUUGGGUCCAAGGCUGUGAACAACCCCAUAUUGAAGGAGAUCCUUCUGAGCAAUGACAUCUCAAAGGCAGCAUGUGUCCUCCUUUACUGCAUUGUCACCCCUGUUCUGGAGGAAACUGUUUAUAGAGGGUUUCUCUUGACAUCAAUGUUACCCACAAUGAAAUGGCAGCAAGCAAUCUUCAUAAGCUCAGUCAUCUUCAGUGCAGCACACUUUUCUGCAGAGAACUUUUUACAGUUGGUCAUCAUUGGGUGUGUCCUUGGAAGCUCUUAUUGCUGGACUGGAAACUUAAGUUCCUCCAUUGUCAUACACUCCCUCUACAAUGCCAUGACUCUAAUUCUAACAUUGUUGUCUUAAAUAUAAAAUUUUAAGCCGUUUUGAUA